ACACAAUUUUGUCAAAACUGCCCAUUUUUUUAACAUUUCAAAAUGUGACCGAUUGGAUGGGUAUGAGCUGGCGCAAUUGCGCAAAUCGACGGGUAGGAUUGAAGGGGAAAAACCUUCUGAAACCUUCUAGAAACUUAAUCGUACUAAAACUGCCUUGGAAGUCGGCGGAUGUCGACGAUGUUUGUCGACAUCCCACUUUGGACACCCCUCAGGUGACAGUGAGCUAGGAGACAAUAUCUACGAUUUUACCGAGGACGGUUCAUCGUCGCACGAAGUAGUCUAGGAGGCGAAAGUGGAACAUUCGUCAAAUGAGAGAUGGUGCAGCCUUUUCCGACGUAGACGUAUUGCGAGCGGAAAGCGUGGAACAGAGCAGAUACAGCGGGUUGGAAGGACCUUGUAGCAUAGACGCUCGCACGGAGAACGAGAGGAAGGUCUUUUUUACGGAGUACUGAGGCUGAUUCGAAUAGACUCUGCUCGUUCAGUCGUUGAAACGCUCUCUACAGGGAUGCGGCUUUUCAGAGGCUAAACAACCGUCUGAGCUGACGAAUCAGGGGCCUUGCAACGAGAGAAGUGCGGAUAGCCACGGAUUUCGGCGCGUAGUCCUGCAGUUGGUGGCCGAUUCAACAACCAAGGGCACAGCCGAAAGUUGCGACAUGGUGUUUUGAAAACACCACCGUGCCACCUCUUCCGUGUCUCUCUGGAACGGCGUCAUGAGGGGGUGGCGUAAUGCUUGAGGCUCAUAAGCGUUUGUCAUAUGAACGAAGGCGCUGGUCACAGGCGCGUGAGCCAGGCGUAACGUCAUGAACCCCGCCGCUUCUGAGUUCCUUCAUCGGACCAGAGACGGAGGUGCCGUCCCCAUGAUCGACGGCCGACAAGGGCUGAUGGACGAUCAUCGUGGAAUAAUCAACGGCCAAGAGCCAAUGAUCCGUCGCGACUGGCAAGCAGGCGGUGCAGCAGCUGCAGCGGGUGCAGCAGGAGGAGUAGUGGGUGUGGUAAGAGGAGCGCUAAGUGCGGGAGGAGCAUUAAGCGCGGGUCGAUUGGCGGGGGAAGGUGUCUUGUGGAGCAGGUCGUAUGUGCGAUGGCUGGCCUCGUUAGGGUCAGGAAUGAGGCGGUUCAUAGGCGGGUGUAUCUCCGCUGCAGCCAUACCUGGCACGCGGUGUAUACCCGAUAUAGGGAGGAUGAGGAAGUGCAUGUCGGACCCGUUGAAGGUGACCAACUGGGUGAUGGCGGGAAUCGAUGGGCUCGUCUGGAUCGUCGCUCUGGUUCAGCUCAUACGGAUCUGUCGGCACGUGCGGAACGGCAAGUGGACACGGCAAAAGGUCUUCCACACCAUGGUCUUUGCUGCUAACCUAGGCUACAGUGCCUAUUUCCUCGUCAACCCCUUCGCCUCCUGCUCGGACUGGCUCUGCUGGUCGCAUGCCUGCGGAUUCAUUGCGCUCGCCAUUCCACAAAUCAUUUUCCUUGCGACGUUCCUGCUCCUCCUAUCGUUCUGGAUCGACCUGUGCCAUCAAGCGUCGGACAGCACUGAGGAGGAGGAGGAGGAGGAGGAAGACGAGGAGGACCUGGAAGCAGCAGCAAGGGGAGGCAGAAUUGAUGCCUACGGUGUCAGCGGCAUGGGCAUGGGCAUGGGCAUGGGCAUGGGCAUGGGCAGGAAUGGCCUUCUCAGGCAUAAAUCCGACCCCAUACCGCCCGUGCUGCAGCCAGCGCAGCAGAAAAGCUCAUCCCGUCAGUAUCAGCAGCAGCAGAGUGUUGCUAGCAGUGCCCCACCGCAUGCAGCGAGCGGUCUCGCUGGAACCACAACCAGAACUGCCGCUGCAACCACUGCCAGCAGCAGCAACGCCACUUCCUCCCUGACCUCCCCGAUCGCAUCGUCCCGCUCCCUCUCCCCGGAUCAAUCAGAAUCCAGCAGCAGCAUGAGCACCUCCCCCUCAUCCCACUCGCGUGCCGAGAUGACCAAGCAUCCACAAACGCAGGGGCAGGGGAUGGGAUCAGGGAAGGGAGGCGAGGGCCCUGGUGGGGCAGCGAGGGGCAGUGGGGGGGGGGGCAGAGGGGCAGGUGGGAGUGUGAGCAAGGGCGGGUGGGGCAGCGUUGGGCCGUCGACCCUGCAGCAGCCGCUGUUGGAUGCUGCUGCUGGAGUGAUGGGCGGGGCUGGCAGACAGGGGGGAGGAGGGAGAGGAGGGGGUGGAGGCGGGGGAGGUGGGGGAGGAAGAGGAGGAGGAAGAGGAGGAGGAAGAGGAGGGAUUGGGAGCAGUGCGGCGAGUGAUGGGGCGAGGACCCCUCGGUUCCGGUGGCAGAAGCUGAGAGUGAAGGGCAGGCAGCGCAUCGUGCUGGCGGUGGUCUCCUUCAUCUCGCUCCUCACGGCAGUCUUUGCAUUCCUCAUUUGGUACGGCUUCGGAGACAACCCCAUUGACCCCGCCCUCAUGGCUCAGAUGCAUGCUGACUUCUUCGCUGUGGCUACACUGCUAUCAGGUGGCGGACUUGCGUUCUACGGGCUGCUGCUCUUCUCCAAGAUGUCCGUGCUAAGGGCAGGGCCCAGCGCUGCUGACCUCAGCAAGAUCGCCUGGCUGGCCGGGAUGUGCCUGCUCUGCUUCUCCCUUCGAGCCUUCAUUGUCCUCGCCAAGUACAUUCCUCCCAUCCUGAAUCUGUCCUUUCGAGACAAGCACGGCCGCCUGCUGCCCUUCUGGUUCCUCGUCUACCAUUGCGUAGGCGAAACAGUCCCCUCAGCGAUGGUUCUCUUCAUCCUCAAAGACCUCCCUCCCAAAUCCCGCCAACCCCCCCACGCCUCCCUCUCCUCCUCCGCCCCCUCCACCCCUUCCUCGCGUCACAGCACUAGACCCCCCUCCUCCCGCUCUCGCACCCCCAACCUCCCCACCUCCACCCCUUCCAUCCACCCAUCCUCCAUCUUCAUCCCUCCUGCCCCCGGCGGGCAAUUCCUCUCGUCACCCAUUGACCCAGCUGCAGCAGCAGCAGCUUUCCUUCUCCCUGGUGCAGCCGCCGCCGCCGCUGCUGCUGCUGCUGCUGCUGCUGGCGAUGGCGGUGGCGGUAGUGGUGGUGGGGGUGCUGGUAGGGGGGUUGGCGUUGGUGGUGGGGAUGGAGUAGCAGCAAGCACUAGACCUGGUACCCGUGCCAGCAGUGGCGGCGUUGCUCGACUCCCUCCUCGCCUCCUCCCUCCUCUCCUACCCCAGUGGGUUGUUCCCCCCGAAGGGGAGCCGUACUCUGUGCUCCCCCCUGCUGCUGCUGCCGCUGCCAAUUCCUUUGCCGCUUUGGCUGCGGCUGCAGCCGUGGCAGCAGCAGCAGAAGCAGCAGCGGCGGCAGCAGAAGCGGAGGAGCAAGGGAGGAGGAAAGGGAGUGGGAAGGGGAGAGGAAGAGGCAAGGGGGUAGGGGGAGUAGGAGCAAGAGGCGAGGCAGCUCCAGUGACAGAAGGAAGUGAACGAGGAGAGAGGGGAGAAAGGGGGGAGAGAGGAUUGGGAGGAGCAGCAGGGAACCCUGCAGAGGGCGCGGCUCUUGAGAGAAGCAAGGCAAAGAAACCAUCAAGGCUUCGCAUGGCCAGCUAACUCAAGCAGGCUACACAAUCUGGGGCAUGUGCUCACAUUUUGAGGCAUGUGCUCACAAUCCGAGGCAGGUGAACCAUGCGCUGGAACUGGUAGUGAGUGAUUGCAUUACCGGUGUGAGACUGUGGCUCCAAGGAAGGUUGGCCAUGCCCUGUGGUGGGUACCUUGCUGUGCCUCGGCUGCCAAAAAUAGCUGGCGGCUGGUGCAGUGUGGUGAUGUGCGGUGCUGUGCUGUGCCGAGCAUUGGGCCAGUGCGGCUUCGUGGCACCUACGUAUCUAACCGAUGGAAAUAGGAAGUUUCUUCACCAAAACCGAAGCCCUGGUGGUGCAUGGCCCGAAACUAACCCCCUAUGCUUUUAGGUCACAAUCCGUUCGGUUGCAGGUUGAUUUGCACCCAUUUUUGCCAACUUAAUUGCACAUUCUAAAGAAGUCACCAGU